GGAAAGUAAGAUAAAAGAAAAUAGACUAAUCAAGAAAACAAAAUGAAAUCGAAAGAGAAAUAUUAAUGACUGAUAUAAAAAAAUAUUUGUCGUAAUAAAAAAGAUCAAUCCAGCUGAUCUUAGCCAAGUGUCCUCGUAUAGAAACUAAGAGGAAUGAAGAGAGAAAAAGACAGAGACAGAGAGAGAGAGAGAGAGAGAGAGAGGAGAGAGGAGAAAGAUUCCCCUCAAUCGUUUAGCGUCCGUCUGCGCAUGCUGAAUUGAAACGCGUUCCAGGAUUAGAGGAAGGGGGCGCCUUGAAAAGCUCCGAGGCAACUCCGUUCCGAACCGCUCAAUAUUCAUCCCUUGGUGGCUGGACGAGAACGCUACUACUACUUCUUCUUCUUCUGCUGCUAUUGCUGCUACUGCUGCUGCCGCUUCUGCUUCGACCCUACUCGAAUCGACCGUUCCUCCCUUAGCGUUCUCUUUGCUUGCCGUAAUAUUUCGGACACAGAAAGAGACGCAGGAGGAACUGGGAUAGCAGUUUAAGACAGAAGAAGUGAGAGAAAGAAAAAGAGGAAAGAAUAAGGAAGACUUUCAAUAAUUCAUCUUUUGAUUUAACGAAAUGGAAGGAAAGAAAGUCGAACAGUAUUACAGUCCACCGCCAAAGCUCGGUAAAUGGGAAGGCUUCAGGGUCUUUCUAUGGAAUUCGGAAACCGGACAAUUUCUUGGACGUACCGGUGCUAGUUGGGCCAAGAUCCUUUUAUUCUACGUCCUUUUCUAUGCGGUACUCUGUGGUUUCUUCGCCGCCAUGUUGGCCGUCUUCUACCAGACGUUAGAUCCAAAAGCACCAAAAUGGCAAUUGAACAGUUCGUUGAUCGGUACCAAUCCAGGAUUAGGUUUCAGGCCGAUGCCACCUGAGAGUAACGUUGAAAGUACUCUGAUCUGGUACAAAGCUAGCGACGAAGGUAACUUUCUUCAUUGGACCAAAGAAUUGGAUGCAUUUCUCGAAGAAUACCAAAAGAGUGGAACGUCUGGUGGUGAUGCUGAACAAAGGGUCCGCUGUGAUUAUGGAAGACCUGCGCCAGCUGGUAAAGUUUGCGACGUUGAUAUGAGCCAAUGGGGACAAUGCACGAAGGAGAAAAAAUAUGGUUUCAACAAAUCGGCACCUUGCAUCUUCCUCAAAUUGAACAAGAUCUUUGGAUGGAUGCCAGAUUUUUAUAACGACACUAAAACUCUUCCAACCGGUAUGCCGACUGACCUUCAAAAUCAUAUUAAAAAGGAAGAAAAUGGUCAAAGAUUAGACACCGUUUGGGUAUCUUGUGCCGGAGAAAAUAGUGCUGAUAUUGAAAAUAUGGGUCCUAUUCAAUAUAUACCACGUCGUGGUUUCCCUGGAUAUUAUUUCCCAUUCACAAAUACACCGGGUUAUCUAAGUCCGCUCGUUGCUGUCUUCUUUGAAAAGCCUAAAUACGGUGUAUUAAUCAACAUCGAGUGCAAGGCCUGGGCGCACAAUAUAAUACACGACAGAUUUGAAAGGCGCGGAUCUGUACAUUUCGAAUUGAUGGUGGAUUAAAUCUCUAUUGGUUAUGGCCUCUAAGAAGACUAUUACCAACAGCGUCCAACAGUGAGAGAGAGAGAGAGAGAGAGAGAGAGAGAGAGAGAGAGAGAGAAAGAGAGAGAAUACAAAAGAAAAAAAUGGAGAGAGAGAGAAAGAGAGAGAGAGAGAGUGAGAAAGCGAGAGAGAACGAGAUAAAAAGCGAAAAAGUGAGAGAAGGAGAGAUAAAAAGAGAGAGAAAAUAGAAUAAGUGUUUACUUUUAAAAUCGAUUUCAUCGGCCCGUUUUACAAUACUAAACACGCAUCCUCGUUUCCUAUAUAUUUUAUUGUUUUAGAUAUUCUAAACGAGCCUAUUCCUACAUACCACCGUCCACAAUACUAAUGCCCCGUUUCUCCUCGUUACACUGUCAUUGUGCCAUAUAUUCGUUGUUUAUCUCUCACCGCCUAAUUAAUUAUCACCGCCACCAUCUUCUAUUUAUCUCACCAUCGUGUUCACGAAGGAUUCUAUUUCUUAAUAAUUCCAUCCUCUCUGUUAUACGUGUGGAUCUCUAUCGGAGAACGUUUCUUUACGAUAAAAGUGAUCAAAGAAACGUCGCGAAAGAGGAUAAACGUUAUCAGAGAAUCCAUCAUCGCUCUAAAAACUGGAAUGCACAAAGAAAAAAGUAAGAGAGAUUAAAACAAAAAAAAAAAAAAAUACGAAGAAAAGGACAGAAAAAGAAACAAAAAAAAACCAUAAAAGUAUCCAAAAGAAAGAAAAAAAGGAUAAAAGAUCUUGCAGCGUUAUUCCUUUAUUAUUAAAAAAAGAAAAGAAAAGGAAAAAAAAAAGAGUAAACAAAAAAUCGACGAAGGGGUGUCUCCCUUUUUAUGUAUUGAAGAGAAACAAAUGUUUUAUCUUAUUAUUAUUAUUACUAUUAUUAUUAUUAUUAUUAUUAUUAUUAUUAUUAUUGUUAUUAUUAUUAUUAUUAUUUUUUAUUUGAUUUGUGAAAAAUUUGGAUCAGUUCUUUUUUUCGUGAAUCAACACGUACAAAGGUAGACCUCGCGUUUGAUAAUUCACACGUUAAUGGCCAAACACAAUUCGACACUGUCUCAUUUGCCAUCUCUAUCUUAUUGCAACAAAAACGUAAGAAAAAGAUAAACAAAAAAAAACAGAAAAAAGAAAAGCUCCGACGAUCUGCUCCGUUUUUAAAGCUUGCGAAUCGAAUCGAAUUGAUAUGAAUAUAUAUAUAUAUAUAUACAUGUACAUACAUACAUAUACAUAUAUAUAUAUAUAUAUAUAUAUAUAUAUAUAUAUAUGUAUGUGUGUGUGUGUGUGUAUGAUAAUGCGGCUGCUACCUGUUGAGAUAUUAGAGAGACAUUAUUUAUAUCGAGCGAAGAUGUCCUGAAAAGUUGUGUCUCUCCGCGUGUUAAAAAAAUAUUUAUAAAUAUUAUCUAUACAUACACAUAAACAUACAUAUAUGUAUAUAAAUAUAUAUGUUCUUUGUUAUAUCGCGUUAAUUGUAUAGUUGUUAUCAAUCUGGCACUACUCUUUUAUCAUGCUAUAUAUAUAUAUAUAUAUAUAUAUAUAUAUAUAUAUAUAUGUAUAUAUAUAUAUAUAUAUAUACACAUAUGUAUCAAAGGAUAGUUUAUCAGAGAGCCAAAUGACAGUGAGAACGAAAGAAAUAUAAAAAAAAAAAAAAUAAUAAUAAUAAUAAUAAAGAAAGAAAGUAAACUGACACUUUCGAGCAUAACAAUUUUUUUUCUCGUGGAUCUAACUUGAAUGAAACAAAGAAAGAAAGAAAGAAAGAAAGAAAGAAAGAAAAUUCUCUUCUCUUUUUCAUCAUUCAAAAUAUCACGCGUGCGUUCAAGAAAUAAUACAACAAUAAUAUAUUAGAGGAAUAGCGAUGUGAUCUGAUAAUAUACGGAGUACAUUAACAUUCACUUGAGAUUAUAUUGCGUAUCACGUAAAAAAAAAAAAAAAAAAAAAAAAAAAAAAAAAAAGAAAAAAAAAAAAAAAGAAAAAAAACGAAAAAAAAAGAGGAAAAGAAAAAAAGAAAAAAAAGAAAAUAACCUAUCUAUAUUGUUAGAAUCUCUAUGCAAAUGAUAAUAUAAAAGAAAAAGAAAAAUAGGAAAAAGAAAAAAAAUGAAAAAAUCUUAGGGAUCGACGUGAAUCGUAGAAAAAAUUCGUAUUAAUAAAUUAAUAUCCGCUUGAGAGAGAGAGAGAGUGAGAGAGAGAGAGAGAGAGAGAGAGAGAGAGAGAGAGAGAGAGAGAGAGAAAGGAUGUCUUCGUUCGUUCCCCAACAUCCAAAGACCGAAUACACGAAGAUCAAUGAAAGAAGAAAGAAAAAGAUUAAUGAAAAAAAGGAAAAAAGAAAAAAAAAAAAAAGAAAAAAGAAAAAAAAAAUAAUAAAAUGAAAUAGUA